AUGCCAUCCAGCAAGACUUCUUCAUUCCGACUUCGCCCAGGCACAGCAGAUGACUUCGAAGCCAUCGACCGCAUCAGCAUCACUGCGGUUCGACGAUAUGAUAAUAUACCUGAGCUAUCAAAUCUGAGGAAUGUCGUGGGCUUGACGAGAGAAAAGCUUCAGCAAUGGCUCGAUGACGGGAAAGUGUUUGUCGUGGAAGACACGAGCAAAGAAAAUGAGCCUGUCGGAUUUGCUUCAGCAUUCCCCAAGGACGAUGUCCUGUACGUCAACGAAGUGGUCGUCGAUCUAGAAUGCCAGGGCAAAGGCGUCGGAGGAGUCCUGAUGAAGGCGAUCCUCGAUUGGGCACGGGACAGGAAGAAAAAUGAAGGCAAGACGUCGAAAGUGUCUCUGAUGACUUACGCCGAAGUCCCCUGGAAUGCGCCUUGGUAUCGCAAAUUCGGGUUCAAGGAGGUCGACGCCGCGACCGUGGGACCAAAACACGCAGAGAAGAUGAAGUACGACCGAGAAGUGCGAGACAUGGUCAAGCCGGGGUACAAUCGAUGUUGCAUGCUGUGGGAGGAAUAA